AUGUACUCCAGUGUUUCCUUGCCUCCCACAUCUGAGGCACCUAAUAGCUCUCCCAUCCUGAAGAGUAGCUCUUUCAGCUUAAGGGCUAGUUCCCCAGCGACUCCAGACAAGCAUAUUAGCGUUUUGCCGCCUCUUACAUCCAAGGCGCCUGAUAGCUCUCCCAUUUUGAAGAGCUGUGCCUCUUCCUGCUGGAAGACUGGUUUCCCAGUGACUCCAGUCAAGCCUAGAGUAUCUACUGUUGGAUCACUGUCUGGUACAUAUGAGGCGCCAGCUAGCUCUCCCAUCCUGGGAAGUAGUUCCCCCAUAUCACGUAGCUCCCCCAUUGUGAGGGGUAGCUCUCCCACCGCGAACGCUUCACCCCUCUUUACCACCAUAUUGGAUGAGGGUAACCCCAUACUAGAUAACAAAUCCAAUUCUCACAAGAGGCCGUACGAAUACAGCUUGCUGCCAGAUCACGAUGAACUUGUGGACCGUGAGAACUUUCCCAUGAAAAAACCCAAGCUAUUGCUCACAACCUUCACUUGCGAUCAACCCUGUGAUACUGAAAUUUAUUUCAAUCAGCGCAUGCUCGAACUCUCUCGUAUCAGCCGUCGGACUUUCGCUGCCAAGAUGGAAUAUCAGCGCCUACGCGCUGAAGAACUAGAGCUGAUCACGUCCCUCAUGAGAGACGAAAUGGAGGAGUCCCAGGCACAUUUGAAAAGGGCCGAUCUUCAAAUAGGUUCACUCCAGAACAGCCUUCACAAUGCAGGAGUGGCAGUAAUAGGGAACAAAGGGAGAAAGGAUGCCAAGGAGAGCGGAUAUAGCAGGAUGUUCCCUAGUCACGAUGACCACGAGGUUGAUGACAGCAGGGAGCCAUACAAUUCUUCGGUUUCUUCUGGAUGCGAUGGCAGUGUUGAUGGGAAGCAGACGGCAGGUGAGGAGUCAUAUUACUAA